UGGAUUUUGUACUGACAGGGAAGAAAAGAUGUUGAUCUAUGAGUACAUGCCAAAUAAGAGCUUGGACUUAUACCUAUUUGAUCCAAUAAGGAAAUAUUCAUUGGAUUGGGUGAAACGUGUUCAUAUCAUAGAAGGCAUCACACAGGGCCUUCUUUAUCUCCAAGAAUACUCAAAUUUCACAAUAAUUCAUCGAGACUUGAAAGCCAGCAAUGUUCUGUUGGAUGAUGAAAUGAACUCCAAGAUAUCAGAUUUUGGUCUGGCAAGAAUAUUUAGGAAGGAUGACAUUGAGGCAAAUACCAACCGAAUUGUUGGGACUUAUGGGUAUGUUCCCCCAGAAUACGUGAGGAAAGGCAUAUACUGA